AUGUACCAAUCUCAUCAUAACCAUCGUUCACCUCAAGCAGGUCCAGUUUCUAGCAAAACCCCCGCUCAAAGAUCCAAUAUCGACGAAGCGCUUGACGACUGGUUCGCAGGGAAAGAUCCCUAUUCUCUUCGAUUCGACAGACUAUCUAUCGAGCAACCAUAUCCAGCACCUUACGAAGAUUAUGAGCCCGGUUGGCGACAACCUAAAUUCAGACCGGGAGUGGGUUAUGAGAAGGCCCUCGCGAAGGAACGAAUGCUGCAACCUCAAAUUGGUGGGAGGAGCAAGAAAGCCCAACUAGGCUCAAUCGAGGAAAGUUGGGGUAGUGGAGAACCGAAGAGGGUCUGGUUGGGAGAGGAAGAGGAGAGGAAGGGAAUGUUUGAAUUGGACGAAGAUCCACCUUCUAGGAAUGCUUCGCCAUUCAGAGAGGAAGAAGACGAGGUGAAUGACGAGGACAAGAUUCGAAUGAAGAAAGAAGAGUUCCUAGCCUACGCCAGAAGAGGAACAAACUACGAAAAGAUGAAAGAUCCUACGGAUUUCUUCGAAGGUGGGAAGCAAUCGGUGGAAGCUAGAAGAGAGAUAGAACACCUUACUCAAAUUGCCGCAGGGGGUUCAGAAGAUCCCCAUAGUGGAAGAACUGUUCGUAGCAGAGAUCAGAAAGGUGUUUAUCCAUUGGUAAGGAACAGUAAUGCAUCUGCUCAUAAUGGGGAAUUUAGAAGGAUGAGCUUCCACGCCUUCGAAUAUGAUCACUCGAGAAGUCAAAACCCUCAUAAUCAGCAUGCCAACGAAAAUCGAAAGAGCGAUAAUCUACCUGACAAUGGAGAAUAUACGGUCGAGCAUCAUGUACGAAACCAAAUUGGAAAUCCUGAUUUGUCCACUGGUCGACCUGCUCACUCUUUUCGACAAAUCAUCGCGUCAACUCAACCUCGCGAUGCAGGCAGGUACCAUCAAUCUGAAGAUUACCAGGUAUGGCUGAACAGAGCGCAAGCUGGCAGAGGAAGAAGAAGGUGA